GAGAGCGCGAGCCUCCGAGGCGCCGAGAGCGACGGCCACCGGGCAGAGCCGGGCGCCGCGUGCAGAGCGAGCGCGGCGGGCGCGCGUCCCGGGCAGCCCCACGCCUCCGCCUCGCGCGCUGCCCGCGCCAUGAAGCACAUCCCCGUUCUCGAGGACGGGCCGUGGAAGACCGUGUGCGUGAAGGAGCUGAACGGCCUCAAGAAGCUCAAGCGGAAAGGCAAGGAGCCGGCGCGGCGCGCGAAUGGCUAUAAAACUUUCCGACUGGACUUGGACGUGCCCGAGCUAGGCGCCGCGGCCACCAACGGGCUGCGGGACAGGACCCAGCGGCUGCAGCCGGUCCCGACCCCGGUGCCAGCCGCAGUGGCGCCGGCCGUCCCCUCAGGUGGAGGCCCGGACACUGCUGGGGAGCGCGGGGGCGCCCGGGCGCCAGAGGUCUUGGACGCGCGGAAACGCGGCUUCUCCCUGGGCGCUGUGGGUCCAGGACUCCCCACGCCGCCGCCGCCGCCGCUUCCAGCACCCCAGGGCCAGGUACCUGGGGGUCCGGAGGUCCAGCCUUUCCGGGAACCCGGCCUGCGUCCCCGCAUCUUGCUGUGCGCACCGCCUGCCCGCCCAAUGCCUUCCGCGCCCCCUGCGCCCCCGGAGACCUCCGUGCGCCCUGCGCCCCCCACGCGCCCCGGGGAAAGUUCCUACUCGUCAAUUUCACACGUAAUUUACAAUAACCAUCCGGAUUCCUCCGCGUCGCCUAGGAAACGGCCCGGCGAAGCCACGGCCGCCUCCUCGGAGAUCAAAGCCCUGCAGCAGACCCGGAGGCUCCUGGCGAACGCCCGGGAGCGGACGCGGGUGCACACCAUCAGCGCAGCCUUCGAGGCGCUGCGGAAGCAGGUGCCGUGUUACUCAUACGGGCAGAAGCUCUCCAAACUGGCCAUCCUGAGGAUCGCCUGCAACUACAUCCUGUCCCUGGCCCGGCUGGCUGACCUCGACUACAGCGCCGACCGCAGCAACCUCAGCUUCUCCGAGUGUGUGCAGCGCUGCACCCGCACCCUGCAGGCUGAGGGACGUGCCAAGAAGCGCAAGCGGGGCCCUGAUGGAAGUUGUAUCAGGAUGGGAUCCCCUGAGCAGAGGAGAGCCCGGAGAACCCUUGGGCAUGUUUUGGGAAACGGACUUGGCCUGUGGGUUAUCUGAGGCUGUGCGUUAAGGUAGAGGAUAUUCAUUCAUUCACUCACUCAUUCAUUCUGGAGGGAUUUGCUGAGCCCCAGUCUGAGUAUGCUGGGCAGGACCAUAAAGAUGAUAAAACAUAUGGUCCCAGUCCCCACGCACCUCACAGGAUGGUGAGACCCUCCGGCCAG